GUUGAUCAGUGUGGUGCUCAGUCCCAGCCCUCUCAGCCGCCAUGGCCCGUGUGUUGUUGUUGCCGGUGGCGGCGUGCGCCCUGGCGCUCUUGGUGUGCUCGGUGCAUGGCAAGGACCUCCGGAGGGACCUCGACGAUGCCGCCACCGGCGCAGUUCCGGUGCCGAAGUUCGGCGCCCUCGCGGUCGCCGUCGGCGACGACUUGGAGACGGCCGCGACUCACCACGGGCACUCGAAGGUGGUUGGUGGUGGCGAGAAGCACGUGGAGGAGCACCACAAGAAGGCCGGCCACAAGUCCGAGAAGGGCGCCAAGAAGAAGAGCUUCGUCGACAAGGCGGAGCAGGGCAAGGCGGGCUCGGAUCACCACCAGUCCGACUACAAGAAGUCCAACGGCCACAAGAAGAAGCACCACGACGAGGCCGAGAAGUACGGCGAGCACCACAAGGGCGAGAAGGGCCACAAGGGAGCCAAGUACGGCGAGAAGGGUGGACACAAGAAGGGGCACAAGACCAAAGGCUACCACAACAAGUUCCACAAGGACGAGUACCACAAGGAGCACAAGUUCUACGACGACUUCCACAAGGGCGGCCACCACAAGAAGCACGGUGACUUCCACGGCCACCACGAGAAGAAGGAGGGCCACCACAAGAAGGGCGGCCACCACAAGUCGGGCUACGUCGAGGACCACAAGGGCAAGAAGGGCCACGUGGACAAGGGCCACUACGACGACGAGCACAAGGGCGUCAAGGGCUCCAAGGGCCACGAGGAGCACCACGCGCACAAGGAGCAGUACGGCAAGAAGGGCGGCAAGGAGGGCGGCAAGAAGUGGGGCUACAAGAAGGGCCACCACUGAGUGCGUCGCGCGGAGCCAGGGGAGCCCACCCAGCCGACAGUGACAACGCCGGACCAGGACAGUGCGAACCUGCCACCCAGCCCCGCGCCCAAACGUGUCUCACUUCCGGGCACACACGCCUUUGUUAGUUUCCAGUU